UCAACAGAAUGAAAUUCAUAUCAAAGGAGGGUUCAUGAGUUGAGCCGGCCUGCCUUUUCGUUCAAUUUCGUAUUGGUUCGUUCAUUAGAGAUUUGUCAAUUUUGACAGUUGUCCGGGAUGUGUCAAGUUGAUUGGAUGUGGGUUCGUAGUUUGGGACGAUAAAAUUGAUUUUGUGUGUAAUUUUAAUUCUUUCGAAUUACCAAGCACUAAAAGUUUGUGAAUAUUUAUUGAAGUUUUGAUAAGUGAUCACGAUAUCCGGAAUUUAGCAAUGAGUGCAAAUACUGAAGAGAAAAAAACGAUUCGAGUGUGGUGCGAUGGGUGCUAUGAUAUGGUGCACUUUGGCCAUGCGAAUUCGCUGCGUCAGGCCAAGGCUCUUGGAGACAAGCUCAUAGUCGGAGUGCACACGGAUGAAGAGAUCUCCAAACACAAAGGGCCCCCGGUGUUCACACAAGAGGAGCGCUACAAAAUGGUAAAAGCCAUAAAAUGGGUGGACCAAGUGGUGGAGGGAGCCCCGUAUGUGACUACGCUUGAAACAUUGGACAAGUACCAGUGUGAUUUUUGUGUGCACGGUGAUGAUAUCACAGUAACAGCUGAUGGAGUUGAUACAUAUCAAAUAGUUAAAGAAGCAGGGAGAUAUAAGGAGGUGCCCAGAACAGCCGGAGUCUCAACCACAGAUCUAGUUGGCAGAAUGCUCCUACUCACAAGGGAACAUUUUAAGAGAGGUGACAAGGAGUACACAGUAGCUCUGGAGCACUCGUCAAACCUCGGCACAGAUUCCACCGCGAGGUCACCUUACACUGGCUGCUCUCAGUUCUUGCCCACAACACAGAAGAUCAUCCAGUUCAGCAGUGGCCUCUCGCCGAAACCUACUGAUAAGGUGGUAUACGUAGCGGGUGCCUUCGACCUAUUCCACGUGGGGCACCUGGACUUCCUGGCGGAGGCGCACGAGCAGGGCGACUUCCUCAUAGUGGGGCUGCACACGGACCUGCAGGUGAACCGCUACAAGGGCUCCAACUACCCCAUCAUGAACCUGCACGAGCGCGUGCUGUCCGUGCUGGCUUGUAAGUACGUCCACGAGGUGGUAAUCGGCGCUCCCUACGAAGUGACAGCCGAGCUGAUGGAUCACUUCAAGGUGCGGGUGGUGUGCCACGGCGCCACGCCCAUCGCGCGCGGCGCCGGCGGCACGGACCCCUACGCCGAGCCCAAACGCAGGAACUGCUUCAAGAUAAUAGAUUCCGGCAAUACCAUGACCACAGAGGACAUCGUGCAGCGGAUAAUCCGCCACCGCCUCGACUUUGAAGUGAGAAACUCCAGAAAAGAGAAGAAGGAAAUUGACAUGAUGAAAGCUUCUCAAAAGAAAGAAAAGAUCCUACAAAACGGAGAUUGUAAGAUCGAAAUUUGAAUCAUUUGCUCUCAAUAUUAAUUAGUGAAAAUCCCCGGCUGGAUAAGUUAUGUAUGUAAUUGUAUUCAUAUUUUUUUGGUGGUAGAUGCAACCACAUGUUGUGUUUGUAUUUUUAUGUAAGUGGUGUACCUACAUUUCCUUUUUGAAAUGGCUGUUCUUUAUUCUAUAAAUAAAUACCAAAAAAUACUUUAUGUAAGUGAGCUAAUAAUCUUUUUUGUUAGUUACUGCUGGCCGGGCAAAAAGAUGUAACCAAAAAUUAUUUGUAUGAAUGGAUUGAAUAUGAUUAUGUAUUAUGGCAAUAGCCGAAAUCUAUAGUUUAGCUUUCGGCUUUCCCCUCUUGUUACAAUCUUUAAAUUAUUGUUGCACAUUUUACAUCCCGGCCACGAUUAUAUCGUUAUACCUACUUAUUAAUUUUAUUUAUUUUAUUAUAAUAUUUGGUGUGUGUACGUGUACCAUACGGAUGGUCUUGGUCUUUUAGUGACAUGAUAUAGCGAUUUAUAAUUUGUCAAUGGAUUUACAUGAUUUAAUGAUUAUUUACAUAUUUUUUGGAUUAUGAUGCCGGGUUGUAAGAUGUUCUACAAGUACAAACACAGUUAUUCGUGGUUGUGCGGAUAAGUAGAGCAUUUACUUAGAUGUUUAACUAAAUUUUAUGCUCCUCCAUCGCAAAUCGCAAUAUAAAUAUAGGAACAUGUUUAAAAUAGUAAUUUUCUGAUAAAUUAAUACAAUAUCUGUAAUUUUUAAACUCUAUUCCAUGAUUGGGUGUGUCAAUAACGAAAUCUCCGCCUAUAUGCAUUAUUUACUAUACUUAAAUGAUUCUUACAUGCAUUCUUUAUCUGUUUAAUAUAUUAGGUAAAUGUGAUUAUGUUUGUUUUUAAAUGUUACGUUUACGUGUCUCAAUAUUUUACUAGUAAAAUUUAAAAUAAUAGUUAAAAAGAAUUUAUUAUUAUUUUUGUACAUAGACACAAAGCUUAUUUUUACUAUACCUAUUAUGUGUAAAUUUGGUCCUAUAUAAAUGUGUGUGUAAAACACGUA